AUGUUGUCGAUGAUUUUCACUGAUUUAUCAUACUUCAUAAGUUAUGACGAACAUGACGAUACGCGACCGACUUACCAAUGGACGUUCUCUGGAGCAUUACUCUAUUCCAUCACUGUUUUUACAACUAUAGGAUAUGGCCAUAUUUGCCCUAAAACGGACACUGGUCGAUUGAUGACGAUAAUAUAUGCAAUGAUCGGCAUACCCUUGAUGCUAUUGUGCCUUGCAAAUAUUGCUGAAACCCUUGCGCAGGUACUGUUUUCUGUGUUUGUUCGUUAUUUAUAA